AUGGCUAACCUUCCACCUCCCGAGUUCCAGCUCCAGGCCUGCACCAUCCUCACGCCCCUUGAAGAGCUCAUGUGGACUUCCCCACAUGUGAUCUACAUGGAGAACCCUCAGCUCUCGCCGGGAAAGAGCGCAGGCCAGGUGUGUGCCUUCCUCUUCAAAAAACCGGGCCGUAAGGGCGCUGCGGGCCGCAGGCAGCGCCGGGCCUGCGAGCCCGAGGCGGGAGAGAGCAGCGGCAGCGGGGAGGACGGCGGCGCCGAGGUCCGCCAGGAAAGGGUACGGCCGCCGGGGACUCGCGGCGGGGGCGGCAGACAGCGGGAGGCUCGGGGCGGCGAGAGCGGCGAGGAGAACGAGCCCCCGAGCCUCGGCCUGGCCUACAGGUCCACCCGAUCUGCGAAACCCGUGAGGCCGGACGACAUGGGGGCGACCGCCGUUUACGCGCAGGACACCAAGAAGGAGCAGGACGCACAGGCCAUCUUCGAGCGCAGCCAGAAGAUCCAGGAGGCGCGGAAGGGCAAGGAAGAUGACAAAAUCUACUGGGGGAUCAAUAAUUAUCCGAAGUACAUGAAGCCCAAAGACUCGUCCCUGGGCAAUGCCUCCUCGGGUAUGGUGAGGAAGGGCCCCAUGCGGGCCCCCGAGCACCUGCGGGCCACCAUGCGCUGGGACUACCAGCCCGACGUCUGUAAGGACUACAAGGAGACUGGCUUCUGCGGCUUCGGCGACAGCUGCAAGUUCCUCCACGAUCGCUCCGAUUACAAGCACGGGUGGCAGAUCCAACGCGAGCUCGAUGAGGGUCGCUACGGCGCCCACGAGGACAAAGACUAUGAAGUGGGCAGCGAGGAUGAGGAAGUGCCGUUCAAGUGUUUCAUCUGUCGCCAGACCUUCCAGAACCCAGUUGUCACCAAGUGCGGGCAUUAUUUCUGCGAGACCUGUGCCCUGCAGCAUUUCCGCGCCUCCUCGCGUUGCUACGUGUGUGACCAGCAGACCAAGGGCGUCUUCAACCCGGCCAAAGGACUGCAGAAGCGUUGGGCGGCGGGAGGGGCAAUGCUCACUGCCCGGGUGUCUCCCAAUUCUCAGAUCUCAAAAUAA